GAGAGCUGCUGAGAUUCCUGUCGACGACCGCCCAAAAUCACAAAUCCACAGAAUCCCACAACCAAGUUUGCGUCAACACCAGCCAUCUGUCUAGACAACCAACACCAGUUCAGAUCCCAUACGCCAAGUUUUCAUCAUGUCGUACACCGACGAUGCAGUCCUAGCUAAGCUCUCGACGCUCGCUGAGACUCAAGACAGCAUAGUCACCGUCGCCCAAUGGAUUAUGUUUCAUAGGCGGCAUGCAGACCGUACCGUGCAGAUAUGGCUGCAAAGACUCAAGGAUUCUUCUAGUCACAAAAGACUCAACCUGGUUUAUCUGGCCAAUGAAGUUUGUCAACAGUCCAAAGUCCGCCACAAGGAUGACUUUUUGGUCGCUUUCUCGCCUGUGAUCGCUGAGGCGAGCGCCACGGCUUACAGAGGUGCACCGUCUGAUGUUCAGCAACGCAUUCGUCGUGUCGUUGAUGUCUGGAAGGAGCGACAUGUGUUUGAGGAGCCUAUCCAGACCGCCAUUGAGUCACGUAUUGAAGAACUUGACAAGGCCCGAGGCACCACAAAGUCUGGCUUCGGAGGAGCAAUCUUUGGCAGCUCUGGCUCCUUGCCUGCAGAGUUAUCCACCUUGGCCACUCCUCAGCAAAAUGUCUCCAAGUUGCUUCUCUCCACAAAGACAGCGGUCAGUGGUGCGAACCAGGACUACGACAAGCUUAUGGGGCCAACAGCUACUCCGCCCACAGCUCCUGUAUAUGCAGCUAGACUGAACGGUCUGCUCAAGACUCUCGCUAAUGCCGAGGGUGCUGUCGAGCAAUGUGUCAAGGCACGCAGUGCUUUAGUCGACGAAUUGCAAAAGAUUCUUGAAGCAAACAAGGCUGCCUUGGCGGCUGAUGAAGAGCAACUUGACAAGUUCAAGAAGCGCAAGGCCGAAGUUGACAGCAAGAAGCGUGAUGUCGAGUUUGCCAUCAUGCAGGGCCUGUCAGAUACGGACUCACCAGGCCCACAUGGGCUCAGUGACCAGGCCGCCCCCGAGGUGGAAAUGCCUGAGGUUGAGGCACUUACGCCCCCUGCUGCCGGACCUGAGGAGCCUGCAGAGGCAGAUGAAGAGGACCAGUGGUCGUCAGAGAUUAUGCCAGACGCCGCGCCUCCGCAGCAAAAUGCAGCUCAUGGUAUUGAGAUGCUUUCUAACUUGGCUUCCCAUUAUAACUCGGUACCGACCGCCAUUAACGGUUCAAAGAAGCGCCGUCUUGAUUCUGGAGAGGAAUUUCCUGAUCUCAGUGGCGAUGACGGUAUUGAUGCAGAUGUCGCCGAGAUGUUGCGCAAGGACAGCACGGGUGGUUCGUGAUAAACUACUCACAAUCAUUGUAAUGGUACCCGGUCUCAUAUGUGGACUGGUCUCAUUGUCAGGGCCGCCAGCUUUCUUGUGCCAGGCGAGCUUGUGGCACAUCUAAUUGGCGUUGGUCAAGGAAACAGUUCGAAGCGAUGGUAUCCCAGGUGAUCAGGGUAACGAAGGGGUGCAAGGCCCUGCCGACAAAUCGUAUCAGAAAGGCGAAAUUUCGUAUGGCAACCAUUUCAGACAGGCCAUUAAUGAACAUGAAAACAGAUCAGAUGUUGCUUCAGAAACCUUCAUACUGCUCAUUUGCCCAUAUGGAUCAGAUGUGGCAUUCCCAAAUAUGUCCUCGACAGAUCGAAUGCUUGGACAGAACAAUGGUAUCUAAGCAUACGUUGCUGUCGUGCAACAAAUUUGUUGCACCUGGGUAUACCUAGUUUGAUAUCUAUGCUCGCCCAAAAGUUGCAUCUUUGCAGUGGCCUUGCCUAUGAGCCGUUCAUGAUUAUUG